CGGAUGGCGCGCGCACGCCGCCGCGGACGCAGCGCAUGGCCCCCACCCACCCUGCGGGUUCGAGCACUUUUAAGCCGACCGAGAGUGAUGGAACAAUUGUUAAAGGUCCAUCUCAUUCGACGCCCCCCUCCUCCUCUUCCCCGUCCUGCUAAUGCUGCUGCUGCUGCUGCUGCUUCGGCCCUCCCCGCAUCCCUCCUCCAGCUGCAAGCCACCGCCGCGUCCCCCCCACUGGCCCUCGCCGACGUAAUUCAUCCCCCAACUCUGCCCCCUCCCAUCCCACACUGAUUCUCCCUUUUAACGCGGAUGCCAUCUAGCGUCUCGUUUCAAGUCCCCACGCAGCAGCAGAUCAUGCCGGGGAGCAGCACAAGUGUUCCCUGUGAUAUCCUGGAGAGAAAACGUCUACUACCGCUCCUGUCAAUCGAUCGCCAUGCUGCUGUCUGGUCCGAUUGCUUUUCACAAAAUGGAUGGCAUUUUUCUUCAAGCGCCAACCAAUGGACUAAAACGUGUUCUUUCCACUUUGUCUUGAUUGUCUCCGUGACAUAAAUGUGCAUUUAUUUCAAAAUCAUCACUGCAGCUCGCAUCAUCGGAAAGGUUGUGCAACGCUACACCCUUGUGUCCGAAUUUGGUAUCGCCAGAGCUUCAAGAAAUUGGUUAUAAACUUGCUUUAAAAAACGGCACUGUCGACAAUAAUUAUAGGUGAGUGUAAAAACGAGUAAUUCAAUUCACUAGUUCAUAUUAGAACCGUUUUUUCCGUCGCGAGUUUCCUUCGGUGCCUCACUUGUUUCCAGUCGGCGUGUUGUUUUUGAGGGACGAGCGAUCCCCGUUUGUGUCAACAAGGAAGACGGUCAAGUCAUUGAACGAGAAAUGCGCAUUAACAUUAGACACACGGGUGUGUUUUUCGUGGAAGCUUGCGACACGCGCGAUUUCAGCCUUAGGUGUAAACUAUAGCUUAUUUGUGUCGCCCGUUUCCCGUUUUGGUCACCACCGACUAGCUCGUUCGCUUUAGCCAUUUCGCUCCCCGCCCGAAGCUAGCGGUCAUUGCCAGUUGGAUACACACACACACACACACAGUACUGCGUUUGUGUGUCUUUUGUACCUGUCAGCGGUCAGGCGUCGUCAUGGAGUUCGCCGAGCUGAUCAAGACCCCCCGGGUGGACGGGGUGGUCCUCCACCGGCCCUUGAUGCCCCCAGUGGAGGGAACCUUGUGCCUGACGGGCCACCACCUCAUCCUCUCCUCCAGGCAGGACAACACGGAGGAGCUGUGGCUGCUUCACUCCAACAUUGACGCCAUAGAGAAGAGGUUUGUGGGCUCUGUUGGUAGGAUCAUAGUCAAAUGUAAAGACCUCAGAGUGAUCCAGCUAGACAUUCCUGGGAUGGAGGAGUGCAUCAACAUUGCCAGCUCUACAGAGGCCCUCUCGACCCUUGAUUCAAUCUCCCUGACGUACCCUUUCUUCUACCGGCCCAUGUUUGAGGUCGUCCAUGACGGAUGGAAUUGUUUCCGUCCUCACGAUGCUUUUAAAGACUUGGAGUCCAUGACAGACGAGUGGCGGCUGAGUGACGUCAACAAGGACUUCAGCGUCUGUCCGUCCUAUCCUCCCCUGGUGGCGGUGCCCAAGGGCAUCGACGACGAGGCGCUGAGAAUGGCGGCGACGUUCCGUCACGGCGGCCGCUUUCCCGUGCUCAGCUACUACCACAAGAACAACGGCAUGGUGAUGAUGCGAGCGGCUCAGCCUCUCACCGGCACCAACGGGCGGCGGUGCAAGGAAGACGAGAAGCUCAUCAACGCCACCCUGAGGCCGGGCAAGCGCGGCUACGUCAUCGACACGCGCGCCAUUAACGUGGCCCAGCAGGCCAAAGCCAAAGGAGGAGGCUUCGAGUCGGAGGCCAACUACCCGCAGUGGAGGAGGAUCCACAAGGCCAUCGAAAGGUCCGGCGUUCUGCAGGAGAGUCUGAUCAAGCUGGUGGAGGCGUGCAACGACCAGUCGCACAACAUGGACCGCUGGCUCAGCAAGCUGGAGGCCUCCAACUGGCUGGGGCACGUCAAGGAGAUCCUGACCGCCGCCUGCCUGGCGGCCCAGUGCAUCGACAGGGAGGGUGCGUCCGUCCUGGUCCACGGCACCGAAGGCACAGACUCCACGCUCCAAAUCACCUCCUUGGCUCAGAUCAUCUUGGAUCCCGGCUGCAGGACCAUCCGAGGCUUCCAGGGCCUGUUGGAGCGAGAGUGGCUCCAGGCGGGUCACCCGUUCCGGCAGCGCUGCGCCCAAUCGGCCUAUUCCAACGGCAAACCUCGCCAGGAGGCUCCCGUCUUCCUGCUCUUCCUGGAUUGCGUGUGGCAGAUCCUGCGCCAGUUUCCUUGUUCCUUUGAGUUUGGCGAGGCCUUCCUGGUGCUGCUCUUUGAGCACUCGUACGCUUCCCAGUUUGGCACUUUUCUGGGCAACAGUGCAGCGGAGAGGGCCAAACUGUCCGUGUCCGACAAGACGGUUUCGCUGUGGUCGUGGGUGAAUCGGCCCCAGGAGCUGGAGCGUCUGGCCAACCCGCUUUACGAGUCCAACGGUUUGGUCAUCUGGCCCUCGGUGGCACCGCAGAGCCUGCUGCUGUGGGAGGGAGUGUUCCUCCGCUGGAACCGCUCGUCCAGGUGCGCGGACGAGGCCCACGAGGAAAUGCUGCACAUCAUCGAGUACAACAAGGAGCUCCAGAACAGAGUCAACCUCCUGCGCCGGCAGCUGGCCCAGCUGGAGACUCAAGAUCCGCUCCUGCAAACGCCCUAGAACCGACGCCAGGUAGAGCACAACAUGUGGACGUGUCCUGGAGCUUUUUGUCGCUGACCAAAUGAACUUUAUUUGCUCCUGUAAAAAAAACACAGACAUUCCUCACAUUACACUGGAGGCACAAAAAUAGUGAUAUGACAACCCAUAUUCCUGAUCAAGGAUGGAUGUAUCGAGGCUACUCUCCUGCAAAA